UGAAUCCCUCAAAAAAAAGAAAAAAAACAUAUAGAUUGUUCCCUACCAUCAUCAUCAUCUGUAACUUUCCCAGAUCUUCUCUUUUCAUUAGCUCAGGUUUUUGUCCUUCUGCAAAAAGAAAACCCUAAACCGAAUCUGGGUUUCUUUUUUUUUUUCUUUCUGAAAUCGUCAGAUCUAAGUUUCAAGGCCCACCCUAUCUUCUCCUUCUUACUCUCUCUCUCUCUCUCUCUCUCUCUCUCUGCUUUUUCUGCUCUGCCUUUGAUAUUAUUUUCCCCCCAUUUCGAGCUUGUUCUGUUUGGCUUGUCGGAUGUGGUUAUGUUGAGAAGUUUUCUGUUAUUCACUGAGACAUGAGAUUUCCAAGUAGUAGUUGUACUUGUUCAGGAUAUAAUUAUCCUGAAUACACCCAUCCCAAGUUUUAGAAGGUGAUGUGAGUUCUCCAUAUGUUACGCCGUCUUGGAUGGUUAAUUGGACUGAGCCAAAGAAGUAGGCAAACUAAGACGAUUGAUGCUGAGCCUUACGUAGCCAGGGUUAAGCCAGUGCUAAUGGUCGACACAGUUCAGGAGAUUGCUAUCUAUAUCCAUAGGUUUCAUAACCUUGAUCUUUUCCAGCAAGGAUGGUAUCAAAUAAAAAUCACUAUGAGAUGGGAGGACGGUGAUAACAACUCUUGUGGAAUUCCUUCACGAGUUGUUCAGUAUGAAGCUCUGGAUUCAACUUCAAACGGCUCAAAUGGAGUGUGGAAGAUUGAUGAUAAAGAUAAUAGUUUCUUAACACAGCCCUUCCGCAUUAAAUAUGCAAGACAGGAUGUUCGUCUAUGCAUGAUGGUCUCGUUUACUAUGCCCCUGGAAAGAUAUGAGGGGCCAGCUACAUCUGCUGUUAUUUUGAAGUUUGAGCUUUUGUAUUCCCCUCUUGUGGAGGAUAUAUCAGUGACACAUUCAGAUGCUUCUCCUGCAGCAGUACAUGAAUUUCGUAUUCCUCCUAAAGCUCUAUCAGGUGUGCAUUCUUACUGUCCGGUGCACUUUGAUACCUUUCACGCAGUUCUUAUCGAUGUAAGUGUCCACAUCAGUGUCAUGAAAUCUGCUGCUUACAAACGGCCUGCAAUAUUAUCAUGUGAUGCGAGUAUUGGUAAAAAUUUGGCCAGCGGCAAUGUUCAGUCCUCCAAAAAAGCCUUUGCUCAGAUUGCUUCUGCUGACAAGAAGCUUGUGUCAUUUGUGAGAGCUUUACUUGGAGCUCGUGACACUUUGCUUGAAGAACUGAAAAUACUUAGCAAGGCAGUUGGUCAAACCAUUGACUUGUCUGAGUUUGUAUCUAGUAUGGACAAUGCUCUUUUAUCUGACUCAGCUUCAACGGGAAAAUCGGUUGAAGUUGAAGGUUCAGGACAAGGCAAGCAACAAAACAAUCUUGAGAAGUUGAAUGGCCCAUUUGAUUCAGCAAGUGAUGACUUGCUUCACAACUUCUCGAAAGAGCAUCUAUCUCGCACAUUCCACUUACUGGGCACCCAGCUUCAUUAUCUUUGGAAUAUCUUUUUGACAUUUCAUCGGGAUAAUAACACAAAAAUCCUGGAAUAUCUUCAUGAUAUCUGGACAAAAGAUCGAAGAGCUGAAUGGUCGAUAUGGAUGGUGUACUCCAAGGUUGAAAUGCCACAUCAUUUUAUAAGUGGAAUGGAAGACAUUUCAAACCAUAGUUCACACAAAAGAGGCACAAGUUUGUUGAAGCUGAAUGAUCCUGCGCAAGUAGCAUCCACCCGCGCUGAACUUCACCGUCGAAGUAUUGCACAAAUGCGGAUUAACAACCGGGCGAUACAAGACAUGCAUAUAUUUGGUGAUCCUAUGCGGGUUCCUAUUGUUAUAAUUGAACGUGUUUGGAAUGCACCAAGGCGUACUUUCAGUGAUAAUUCGUACAUGAGACAUGUUGAUAGAAUCGAUUCUAGCUUACUUAAUGGGCACGAUGAUGAGAGUGGGACAAAAAAACAUAAUAACCCACAGCAUAGUGGGCGUGAGAUGAAGAUCGUUGUUUUUGUUCAUGGUUUCCAGGGGCAUCACUUAGACCUAAGGCUUAUCCGGAAUCAGUGGCUCCUGAUUGAUCCAAAGAUAGAAUUUCUCAUGUCUGAGGCAAAUGAGGAUAAAACACAUGGCGAUUUCAGGGAAAUGGGUCAGAGGCUUGCACAGGAAGUUGUUUCUUUCUUCAAGAGGAAAAAGGAUAAACAUGCGAGAUAUGGGCGCUUGAAAAACAUUAAGCUGAGUUUUGUUGGACAUUCAAUUGGUAACGUUAUCAUCAGAGCUGCAAUAGCUGAUAGUUUGAUGGAUCCAUACAGGAAGUAUCUACAUACAUAUUUAUCGCUUUCGGGUCCACAUUUGGGUUAUCUAUACAGUUCAAAUUCUUUGUUUAAUUCUGGACUAUGGCUCCUGAAGAAGUUGAAGAGUACUCAGGUUAUUCAUCAGCUUACGCUCACAGAUGAUCCUGAUCUCCAGAAUACUUUCAUUUACAAGCUCUGCAAGCAAAAGACUUUGGGCAGUUUCAAAAAUAUAAUUCUUCUGUCUUCCCCUCAGGAUGGGUAUGUUCCAUAUCACUCAGCCAGGAUCGAGUCUUGCCAACCAGCUUCUUUCGACAACUCAAAAAGAGGUGUUGCCUUCUUGGAAAUGCUUAAUAACUGCAUGGACCAAAUACGUGGACCAACCCCAGAAACUCCUCACCACCAGAGAGUGUUCAUGCGCUGCGAUGUCAACUUCGACACAACCUCGCAUGGUCGUAACCUGAACUCAUUCAUCGGCCGUGCUGCUCACAUCGAAUUCUUGGAGUCUGAUAUCUUUGCAAGAUUCAUAAUGUGGUCAUUCCAAGAUCUAUUCCGCUGAUAAAACUUGAUUAUGCAGAAUAUUUUUUGAGGUAGAGAAAGAUACAAAAAAAAAACUGUUGUAUAUUAUAGUAGGAGAAAAUCUGUUGUUAGUUUGUGUAUGUACACGCAAUCGGAAGAAGUUAUUAAUUGUAUGUAACCUUAACUAUGGUCUCUGUAUGGUUAUGAAGCAUCUCUCUGCAUUAGAUUGGUUUA